AUCAUAGAUGCAGUCUGGGGCUCCUCCUCCUCCUCCUCCGAGGCUGCGCAUUUCUCUUUUUUUUUUUUGUCUUCUUUUUUUACCCUAACCCGUGAAGACAACAUGGACUUCAUCAGCGACCGAGAUGUGCAAAAGUACACGGAGGACGGCUUGGUGGUCCUGGACGAGUUCCUGACGGCGCAGGACUGCGACGAGCUGCGUCAGCGGAUGUGGGAGAUGGUGGACGUGAUGGACGUGCCGGCGCACUGCCGCACCACCUUCUCCACCUACCACCACGAGCAGCUCAACACACAGGGAAACGCCGACUAUUUCAUCACCAGUGGCGAUAAGAUCCGCUUUUUCUUCGAGAAGGGCGCGUUUGACGAAAAAGGAGAAUUUGCCGUACCGAAGCAUCGAUCGCUCAAUAAAGUGGGACACGCGCUACACGCAUAUGAGCCUUUGUACACUAAAGUUACACAUUCGCCCAAAGUUCAGCCUUUUUGGUGCGAGAGGUCAUCCCGGGUUGCGUCCGUCGUCCCGCGAGCCGAACUCACGGCGUCGCCGCUGUCGUCUCAGGGCAUCGCCAGGAAGCUCGGCCUGGUUCGUCCCGUCGUCCUGCAGAGCAUGUACAUCUUCAAGCAACCUGGGAUUGGCGGAGAAGUGACGCCGCACCAGGACGCCACCUUCUUGUACACGGAGCCCCUGGGGAGGGUGAUGGGCCUGUGGGUGGCCCUGGAGGACGCCACCGUCAACAACGGCUGCCUGUGGUUCAUCCCGGGCUCGCACAACUGUGGCGUGACGCGACGGAUGGUGAGGACGGCGCCGGGCACCUUCCCUCUGACGGACUUCAUCGGCACGGAGCAGGAAUACGACGGCGACAAGUUUGUCCCGGUAGAAGUUAAAAAAGGCGGCGUAGUGCUGAUCCACGGCCAAGUGGUGCACCGCAGCGCUGGGAACGUGUCGGAGGACUCGCGCCACGUGUACACCUUCCACCUGAUGGAGGCGCAGGACACCCGCUGGAGUCCGGACAACUGGUCAGACACAAACGCCGCCGUCGCAAGAAUGAAAAGUUUGUGCGUCAUGAUUUCAUGCGUCAUGAUUUCAUGCUUUAAUUCAAACGGCCGCCUUUUGGUGUGCACGUCUUGGCCACCGGGGGGCAGUGUAAUCUGUGUGUUGCUGCACCGUUUGCGAUCAAACGUCCGUUCCGUAAAGGGUUAUAACUAGCGCAACAUCCAUACUAGUUUUAUUAGCCCUUCUAUGGCGUUUUGCAUCGUGUGCUAGCAUUAAGCUGGCAGACUUUUGUAUUUGGUGAAGUUGUGGUUUUGUUAAACGCACAACACAUAAUUCUCUUUGUUUAUUGGAUCGUUUUAAAGUAAACUUCAACUGGGAGUGGCAAUAAAAAAAAAUUUUUUUUUAAAAGUUUUUAAAAAUUCGGCCGAACGACGGCUUGCAUCUCAAAGAACAUGAAAGUCGUGUCACUUGUAUCUCAAGGCACCACUGUAUUUAAAUAUAAUGCUAUUUAUUCAUACAGUAUGUAAUAUGCAUUUUCUUCCAAUAGUGCACAUUUUAAGCUUUUUGAAGAGUUCUACAUGCAAUAUCGAAAUGAGAAUAUAUAUAUCCGUGCAAUAUUUGUAGAAUAUCUGAAUGCUGAAUGAAUUCAAACCAAUACAUAGCAGUACAAAAAAGUACUUUUACUGUAAAUUUGGACUUGUUGUUUUGU